CCGAAAAGAAAGAUUUCGUGAAAAUGAUUCUAUUGGAUUCUAUCUUUAUCAUUGAGCUCUUCUUGAGGACUGCUACAAGGCAAGAAUAUGAAAAGGAUGAUUAUAUAUUAAGUAAACCAUGGCUAGACGAAGGCAUAAAGCAUGACUUGAUAUUACUUGAGAAUCAGCUUCCAUUUUUCAUUCUUGACGAGUUACAUCAUCACAUUGGAAGGUCUACAAGCAUUCAUAAGUCCUUUAUUAACCUUGUCUGUAAUUACCUUUUUCCGGGUGACCAGAAAAAACCCAUUGAGAAGGAAGUAAAACAUUUUACUGAUUUGCAGAGAUAUUUCUACUUACCCAGGAACCUGGAAACUGGAAGCAUUAUUGAACAUCUACAUAGUGCAACAAAGUUGGACACAGCGGGAUUGAAAUUCCAGGUACGUAAGGAAAAUCAAGCAGAUAAAGUUUUACUUGACAUUCAAGUCGAGAAGCCAAAUCUCUCAGAAAUUUUUCCAAGAUUCAAUUGCUCAUGGCUCUUGCAUUGCUUACCAUGCUUAAAAUGCUUUUGGUGCUUGGACUGUCUGCAAACUAGAUUGGUGGUUCCACGCUUUGUGAUAAAUCACGGAACAGAAGACCUUUUCCGGAACCUCAUGGCCCUCGAGCAGUGUCAUUAUCCAUUUGAAGCUUAAAUUUGCAAUUAUAUUGUGCUAUUGGAUUUUCUUAUAAACACUAGAGAAGAUGCGGAGUUGCUUGUUGAAAAAAAGAUUAUUGCUCACUCGUUAGGCAGCUAUAAAGCAGUUGCCCAAAUGGUUAACAAACUUGGCCAAGAAAUUGUGGAAAAAAAUUCCUGCUACCAUGAUGUUGCUAAAGAUCUUAAUGAGCACUAUGGCAACUGGUGGAAUAAAAAUAUUGCAUCCUUGAGGACUGUAUAUUUCCGUGAUGUUUGGAGAGGCACCGCAACUUUUGUUGGAAUUGUAGUCUUGUUUGUAACUAUUGGGAAUUUCCUUAGGCCUUUUGUCUUUCACAAAUUAGUUGGAAAACUGGCUUUGCCUGUAGUUGUUUUUAAAUUUUAUCAUUAAGUUUAGCUUGUGAUAUGCUUUCCUUCCUAACAAGUUUUACUUUGGACUUCACAUUUUUGGAUGUUUCAAACUAUGUUUCAGCACCCAUCUAUA